AUGUCAGAAUCUACUUUGGAGUCGUCUAAUGGCGACAAACCCACUACUAGUUAUGAAAGCGACAAGAGGUCCCCUGAUAUUUACGUGGACGAUGAAGAGUUUCAUGACAGUAAACCAUCAGGGUUUUUACUGAUUCUUGUUAUGGUUUCUUCAGUUUCACAUUUCAUGUUUGGAUAUGAUACUGGUUAUAUCUCAGCUGCUAUUGCAAAUAUUGGAACCGAUCUUGGCCCUGAUGUGUUAUCAUAUGGACAACAGGAGUUUAUCACGUCAGCCACUUCUUUAGGUGCUUUUUUCGGUGCUUUGAUUACUGGUUUUUUGGCUGAUUUCUUGGGCCGUAAGAGAUGUUCGAUGUUUGCUAACUUCUUUUUGAUUGUUGGUGCUGCUAUUCAGUGCGGUGCUCAUACUGUAUGGACUAUGAUUGCUGGCCGUUUUGUCAUGGGUAUUGGUGUGGGUCUUGGAUCGGUUGUGGCUCCUCUGUACAUUACUGAGUUGGCACCCCCUAGAUACCGUGGCCGGUUGACUAUUAUGGCCUCUAUUAUUAGAACAGGUGCCCAGCUUAUUGCUUAUGGUAUUGGAGCUGGUCUUGAUCAUGUAUCUCAUGGAUGGAGAAUCUUGAUUGGAAUUUCCAUGAUCCCUUGUGUACUGCAGACUGUUCUUUUGAUCCCACUUCCUGAUUCCCCUCGAUACCUUGUUCAAAGGGGUUUGCUUGAUCAGGCCAAGAGUGCACUGACUCGGACCCAUGUUGGAGCCACUGAAAUGUCGAUUGACAACAAGAUUGCUGAGCUCGUUAUUAGUACCAACGAGCUUUACCCUGAAGGUACCACUGCUUUUGGAAGAUUUUUGCUUCACAUUCGUGACUUGUUCCUGAUCCCUUCAAAUCUACGUGGUCUGGCUAUUGUCUGUGGAUCUCAAGCCAUUAACCAGUACACCUCGUUUAACGCUCUCAUGUACUUCUCGUCGACUAUUUUCGCCAUGUGUGGUUUCUCCAACCCUACUGCUGUCUCGACUGUCGUUGCUGGUACAAACUUUGUGUUCACUGUGGUGGUUUACUAUACUAUCGACCGGGUGGGACGUCGUAAUCUCAUGUUGAUUUCCCUUGUUGGUAUGACUAUUGGUCUUGCUGUUAACGCUAUUGCUUUCCAUUACAUGGACAUUAUUUUCAGCAAUAACUCUGCCACUGCCGCUUCCACCAACUCCAACACCUGGGGAAUUGUGAUUAUUAUCUUCAUGAUGUUCUACGUUGCUUUCUUUGCUAUUGGAGUUGGUGCUAUCCCAUGGCAACAAUCUGAGGUUCUGCCUAUGAGUGUUCGUGGUCUGGCUUCCAGUUUGGCCUGUUGUGUCAACUGGAGUGGCAGUUUGGUUGUCGCCUCCACCUUCUUGACUAUGAUGCAAAAUAUUACCCCCACUGGAACCUUCUCUUUCUACACUGGUAUCUGUGUUGUCAGUUUCGUCUUCAUUUGGUUCUGCUUCCCUGAAUUGAAGAACCUCAGUUUGGAAGAAACCCAACUUAUGCUAGAAGACGGCUUCAAUGUUAAGAAGUCGGUCGCUCUUUCCAAGGAAAGAAGCAAAAAGGUUAUCAACUAG